GUUGUCCUGAAAACUACAAGGCGGGUGACGUCGUGCAACAACAGGAAGGAUGCGGAAUAAUUCGGUGCUAUGAAGAUUUGGCCGAAUUUGUUGGCUGCGGUAGCUCUUACGUUGAACACGACCGUACAUCUUGCUAUAUCAGCUACAACACGGAGUUAAACUACCCUGACUGCUGCACCCCAAAUGUUGUGUGCGCUGGUGAUGAGGGAUUUGAUGAGACCCAGCUAGCUUAG